CCCCUCAUUGAUGGUAUACCGUUUGGUGGCGGGAAACAAAGGUAAAUCCUAAUGAAUCCCGCCCAAUCCCAAUCGCGCUUCUUUUUAAACGAUUCCCACUCUUACAAGCCUCACAAUCUUUCCCUCGCCCUUUGCUUCUCUGAAAACAAAUCUCUGUACCUAAACCUAAUCUGACACCUGAAAUAGGAGAAGAUGCUGGAGCUGAGGCUGGUUCAAGGAUCCCUUCUGAAGAAGGUGCUUGAGGCAAUCAAGGACUUGGUCAAUGAUGCCAACUUCGAUUGCUCUUCCACGGGGUUCUCUCUUCAGGCCAUGGAUUCAAGCCAUGUCGCUUUGGUGGCUCUCCUCCUCAGAUCGGAGGGUUUUGAGCACUAUCGCUGUGACCGUAACAUUUCCAUGGGCAUGAAUCUCAAUAACAUGUCUAAGAUGUUGAAGUGCUCUGGAGCUGAUGACAUCAUCACCAUCAAGGGUGACGAUGGCAGUGAUACCGUCACUUUCAUGUUUGAAAGUCCUACACAAGACAAAAUUUCGGACUUUGAGAUGAAACUGAUGGACAUUGACAGCGAGCACCUGGGAAUUCCUGAGGCAGAAUAUCAUGCUAUUGUCAGGAUGCCAUCGGCUGAGUUUGCAAAAAUAUGUAAAGAUCUUGCAAGCAUUGGUGAUACUGUUGUGAUCUCUGUGACGAAGGAAGGAGUAAAGUUCUCCACAAGAGGUGAUAUUGGCACUGCAAAUAUUGUUGUUAGGCAGAAUACGACAGUAGAUAAGCCAGAAGAAGCAACAAUCAUAGAAAUGAAUGAGCCAGUUUCAUUGACCUUUGCAUUGAGGUAUAUGAACUCAUUCACUAAGGCGACCCCAUUGUCAAACACAGUUACAAUCAGCUUGUCUUCAGAACUGCCUGUUGUGGUUGAGUACAAGAUUGCUGAGAUGGGUUAUGUCAGGUUCUACUUGGCUCCGAAGAUAGAAGAAGACGAGGAUGAGACUAAGCCCCAAGUUUAAAUGUUACUUGCAUUGCUAGUCUUGUCUUCUUGUUCAGUGCAUUCACAUCUAAAGUUUUCAACUAAGGCUUAGGACGUUUGUUACUUCCAUCAUUGGCUAUGUUGACACCUAAUCAGUCUGUAGUUUGUAGAAUUCUUAAAGCUUCUUUAGUGGUAAGAUUUUUGGACUUCACUAGAUACGAAGUUUCUUUAGUCCAUUCUUAUUUGUGGCUUAGUUCUGGUUUAUGUUCCUUCUGCUUUAACCGUUUGGAAGUGAUACCAGCAAUGCCUUGGCUACGCUCGUGUUUCUGGGAAUUUUUAGAAAACAAUCUAAACGAGAAGAGUGGCUUAUUUGAUA